UCGGUUGUCGGGCUGUUGUCGGUAUAAUGUAGGCGAAAGAGGCGUCGGGUUCGGGUCAGAGGCGUCUUCCCUGAGGCAGAGUGGAAGUGGCACCGCCCGUGCGUUGGCACCGCCGGCAUGAGAAAGCGGAACGAGUCCGUCACCUUGGAGCAUGAGCGCUUUGCCUCCUCCGCUCCGGCUUCAGCCGCCGCAGCCGCCGCUGCUUCGUCUUCCCCUUCUCUUUCGCUGGAUAAGGGCUUCAGCUUGAAAUCCAGCCCGCAUUUGGCAGGCAGCGCCCGCCCCGCCGGGGACUCUGCUAUGAAGCGGGCGCUCGGCAGGAGACAUGGAAUGUGGGUUCGAUUGCGGAAAGUAGUAAUCUGGUUGUUGGGAAUAUACAUAGCAAUUCCAUUUCUAGUUAAAAUUUGUCCAGCUAUUCAGGCAAAGCUUGUCUUUCUAAAUUUCGUAAGAGUCCCCUAUUUCAUUGAUUUGAAAAGACCCCAGGACCAAGGCUUAAAUCAUACCUGUAAUUUCUAUCUGCAGCCAGAGGAAGAUGUAACUAUUGGAGUUUGGCACACAGUUCCUACAUUAUUAUGGAAAGAUGCUCAAGGGAAGGACCAACUGUGGUAUGAGGAUAUUUUGGGUUCCAAUAACCCUGUUAUCCUUUAUUUGCAUGGAAAUGCAGGGACUAGAGGAGGGGAUCAUCGUGUGGAGCUUUACAAGGUUUUAAGUUUUCUUGGUUACCAUGUAGUCACCUUUGAUUAUAGAGGAUGGGGAGACUCUAUAGGCACUCCUUCAGAAAGUGGGAUGACCUAUGAUGCUCUUCAUGUAUUUGACUGGAUAAAAGCAAGAAGUGGAGACAAUCCAGUUUAUAUAUGGGGACACUCCUUGGGCACUGGAGUUGCAACCAAUCUAGUAAGACGUCUUUGUGAAAGAGAAACUCCCCCAGAUGCCCUGAUAUUAGAAUCACCUUUUACAAAUAUACGUGAAGAAGCAAAAAGUCACCCCUUUUCAGUGAUAUAUAGAUAUUUCCCAGGAUUUGACUGGUUUUUCCUUGACCCUAUUACAUCAAGUGGAAUAAAGUUUGCCAAUGAUGAGAAUGUGAAGCACAUUUCAUGCUCUCUGCUUGUUCUUCAUGCUGAAGAUGAUCCUGUGGUUCCAUUUCAUCUUGGAAAAAAGCUAUACAACAUUGCUGCUCCAUCUCGGAACUUUCGUGAUUACAAAGUACAGUUUGUUCCAUUUCACAAAGAGCUAGGAUACAGGCAUAAAUACAUCUACAAGAGCCCAGAGCUACCUCGAAUAUUACGGGAAUUCCUGGGAAAAUCUGCACAUCGUCAUCAUCACUGAAGACUUUAACAUGUUACACUUAAAAUCAUCCCAUCUUUGAAAAAGAAAAAAAAGUCUGCUAUAAUUGAAACCCAAGCACUGGAUAUGCCACUGAUUCUGGCUUCAGUUCUAAAAGAUACCUUGAAACCCCAUGUUUUGGGACAAUAGAUAUGAAGAAUGAAUGUAAUUGGCUUCUUGUGUCUUUCUCUCCCCC